AAGAAUGCACCUGUUAAAAAGAAGAGGCCAGCAGUGAAGGAAGAAGAUCUGAAAGGGGCGAGGAAUAAGCUUGGCCACCAAACUCCUAUCAAGUCCAAAACAUACCAAGUUAUGAAAGAAUGUGAGCAAGCUGGGGCUACAGCGCCAUCCGUGUUUAGUCAAGUUAGGACAGGAGAUGAAACGGCCAUCGACAAGCCCAAACAAGGACCAGCAAAGAGUGUGUUUGGCUAA